AUGAUUAGGUCAAAAUAUGCAUAUAACUUUAACACUUGUAAUACCGUAUCUGUGUUACCGCAAAUUUUUGAUCAUGCAAUUGUAAUUUGUUCCAUAGAUAAUUACCUUAAAGUCAAGAAUAACAAACGAAAUAUUUUGAAAAAGACUAUAUACGAUUAUGAUAAGAUGACCGAUGAACUCUGA